AAUCUCAAGCUAAAAACCGAGCAUACAAAGGAAAACCAAUUUCCCCCAAAACCCUAUCCUCUCUUAUUUAUUUCUCUUACUUUAAAGGUAAAAAAAAGAAAGAAAUUUCUAUUUUUUUUAUCCUUCGAUUUCAGCUUGCAGGUGCUGCUGCAAUCAGCAGAGUUUCAAGUUGAACUGUGUCAACGUUCGAAGUUUCUUUUAUGUCCAUACAGGCCAUUCCCUAUUUGGGAUCAAUUGGGUUGCUUGGAGAGUAUUGUCCUUCAGUUAGAAAAAAGAUCAGACCUUUGUCAGACAAAUUUGGCUGUAUGCAUCUUGGACCAUUCCAAGAGCACCCAGAUUUUCAUGGUUGCAGCUGGUUGCAACCUUUCUUGAUUGCAGAAGAUCAGUCUGCUCUCAUACCUUACAAAAGUUUUGAAGACUUUACUGCUGCGAACACUUUGAGUUCUAGUAUUUGCUGCCUGUGACAUUAAGAUAUUUUGUUUUGAAUUGCUUUUCAAGAUGGCUUUGCAAAACAUAGGUGCUGGAAAUAGCGAUGAUGCCUUCUACAGGUAUAAGAUGCCCAAAAUGAUCACCAAGAUUGAGGGCCGAGGAAAUGGCAUCAAAACAAAUGUAGUCAACAUGGUUGACAUUGCAAAGGCAUUGGCAAGGCCAGCCUCUUACACAACCAAGUAUUUUGGUUGCGAGCUUGGUGCUCAGUCUAAAUUUGAUGAAAAAACUGGGACUUCUCUUGUUAAUGGAUCCCAUGAUACUGCUAAGCUUGCUGGCCUUCUUGAGAACUUCAUCAAGAAAUAUGUGCAGUGUUAUGGCUGUGGAAACCCUGAGACUGAGAUAUUGAUAACUAAGAUUCAGAUGAUCCAAUUGAAAUGUGCUGCAUGCGGUUUUGUUUCAGAUGUCGAUAUGAGAGAUAAGUUGACAACUUUCAUCUUGAAAAACCCACCUGAACAAAAGAAGGGAUCAAAAGACAAGAAGGCGUUGAGGAGGGCUGAAAAGGAGCGACUUAAGGAAGGUGAGGCUGCAGAUGAGGAGCAGAAAAAAUUGAAGAAAGAGGGAAAGAAGAAAGUGUCCUCUUCUAAGGAAGGUACCACUAAAGCUGGUUCCACAAAGAAGAAAGCUGGUGGCUCUGAUGACGAUCACAUUUCACCUUCUCACAGUCAAGUUGAUGAAAAGGAAGAGGUUGAUGUGGAGGAGGAUGACGAUGAUGUCCAGUGGCAAACUGAUACAUCACUUGAGGCAGCUCGGCAGCGUAUCCAAGAGCAACUCAGUGCUGCGACGGCUGAUAUGGUCAUGUUGUCUACAAAUGAAUCAGAGAAAAAGGCAAAGGUGACUACUAAGAAUUUAAAUGGCACCUCUUCACCACGGAAAGACAACCACAAGGCUGAGAAUGGCAACUCAAACCUUCAUGAGACCCUUGUUGAGGAGUUGAAAGCAAAUUUGAAGAAAGGCGUUUCUGCGAAUCAAUUGAAGUCCCUUUUGGGAUCUCUUUCUGGUUCUGGUCAGGAAAAGAUUAAUGCUUUGUUGGAGGCACUCUUUGAUGGAAUUGAGAAAGGUUUGGCGAAGGAGGUGGUUAAGAGGAAAAACUACCUUGCUGCUGCUGUUGCUCAAGAUGAGGGAUCACAGCUUCUUCUACUUAAAGCGGUAGAGUCCUUUUGUGGAAAGGUCGGCUCAAGUGCGUUGAAGGAAGUUGCUUUAGUUUUGAAAGCACUGUAUGAUGCUGAUGUGUUGGAGGAGGAGUACAUGCUACAAUGGUAUCAAGAAGGUCUAAAGGGGGAGAACAAAGACUCUCAGAUAUGGAAGAAUGCGAAGCCUUUUAUUGAUUGGCUCCAGAGUGCAGAGUCAGAAUCUGAGGAGGAAUGACAUGGUACCUCUUUCAGUGAGGGUGGUUGCCACCAAUGGUUGUGUUUUUGCAUUUUUUAAGGUGUUUUGUGUUAUUAAUAAAGAGUUGCCAGUGAGUCUGCCUUGAAGUUUGCUUUUGUUGUUUCAUGGAGUGUCAUUUUGUGUUUCAGUGUCUAGUAUUUGGGUUUCUGCCAUAAUGUGGAUCCGAGCGUGGACAGUUGAAUGACAUUAUCCAAAGUUCAUUUGUUCAAGUGAAUUUCCGUUCUUCAAA